CUUCUGCCUCGCCCCACCCACAGGCAGCUCACGCGCUCAGCAGGAAGUUUUCAGCGCGCGGCGUCGAUGGGCUUUUACUGAUACAAGAUGAACGGUGUUAAUCGCUCUGAUUUCUACAUCGGUUUGUCGCUCGCCAUCAGCUCCAGUGCCUUCAUUGGUGGGAGCUUUAUUCUGAAAAAGAAAGGACUCUUACGGCUGGCGAGUAAAGGUUCCAUGAGAGCAGGUCAAGGUGGAUAUGCUUACCUGAAGGAAUGGUUGUGGUGGGCCGGCCUACUGUCAAUGGGAGUGGGGGAGGCAGCAAAUUUUGCAGCGUAUGCCUUUGCCCCGGCCACGCUAGUGACGCCGCUGGGAGCGCUGAGCGUUUUAGUAAGUGCUGUGCUGUCAUCAUACUUCCUGAGUGAGAAGCUGAAUAUUCAUGGGAAGGUAGGCUGUAUUCUGUGUAUUCUGGGAUCUACAGUGAUGGUGAUUCACGCCCCCCAGGAGGAGGAGGUCGAUUCUCUGAGGGCAAUGGCAGAGAAACUUAAAGAUCCAGGAUUUAUAGCGUUUGCCGUCUGCAUUGUUGUGAGCAGUAUGAUUCUGAUCAUCUUCGUCGUGCCGCGCUACGGUCAGAAGAACGUUCUGGUGUACAUCCUCAUCUGCUCAGUGAUUGGUUCGUUAUCGGUGUCCUGUGUUAAAGGUCUGGGUAUCGGUAUUAAGGAGCUGUUUUCUGGUCAGGCGGUGCUGAAAGACCCGCUGUUCUGGGCUUUACUCAUUUGCCUGGUGAUUUGUGUCAGCAUUCAGAUCAGCUACCUCAACAAGGCCCUGGACAUCUUCAACACCUCCAUCGUCACUCCCAUCUACUACGUCUUCUUCACCACCUCGGUGAUGGGGUGCUCCGCCAUAUUGUUUAAGGAGUGGCUGCGUAUGUCCACGGACGGGGUGGUCGGUACCGUCAGUGGGUUCCUCACUAUAAUCCUGGGCAUUUUUCUGCUGCACGCCUUUAAAGACGCCACUUUCAGCUGGGAUUCACUGCCUGAGUAUCUGCGUGGAGCGCUGUCGGACAGCUCCUGGGAUCAGCCGUAUAAAACCUUACCAACCCACGAGGAUCUGACCCCAGGAAGCAGAAGCAAGAGCUUCUCUAGUACCAAUUCAGAUGCUUCAUGGAUAAAGAAGAGUUCUAUCUGACGCACAGCAAAUGGACUUCCUGCACACUGCCAUGGACUGCAUAAUUACAGUCACACACUGUAGAAUGUACAAAUAGUGAAGUGAUUUGAUAAAUGUUAGGUCACAUGAAACUAAGUUAUUUUAGCAAUAAUUAAGAUAAAACCUAGUAUGUUUUAACUAGAAUAAGCUCAUCUGACCGGCUUGGUGCUGUUCCAGAACCAGGUGUAGAAGUUCUGCAGCACGUUGGAGAACCAUGUGAAGUCCUUUAUGUGCCUGAUAGUAAAAAUCAUGACAUGCUGUGGACUAACAGACUGAAGGCCACACGUCACUGCAUAGGUCUAUAAUGUUGUCCCAUGACUUUUGUCAUGUCUUCUGGAGACUAAUGGACAUUCAGUUUAAACCAGAUGCCGCUGGUCAUCAUCAUUACCAUGCACUGCACUGUCCAUUGUGGGUGGUAAUUCCUUCUGUGACGUAUUCCUGGUAAAUACAUGUAGUUCGGGAUUGAGAAUUGUUGUUUUUUAGCCAGUUUUCUUGUAAUUAUAUGUUUAUUGACUUUUGCAGAGAAAGAAAGAAUAAAAAUAAAAAACAGUUUUGAUACAAAA